AUGUCGCGGAAGCUGGAGGAAGCUACAGAAGAAGCCCUUUUGACCGGCGGCCGGCGCGGGCGUCAAGCUAUCGAGGAUGCUGGGUUUUCUGAAGAGCUGAAGCAGCAGCUUCUCGAUAAGGUCGAGACCGCCAAAUUCCGAUCCCAGUACGCAUCCGCUUUUGCAGAGGCGCAAAUGCCCACUUCAGCAGGAGAGGGGACACGUUCAAUAGCCACGGCGCAGGCUUGGACCGGCGACGAGUCACAGUCCGAUACGGUUCUGCGAAUGCUCAACGAUGCGAAGAAGCCCCUGAAGCCCGAGCUGAGGGGACAGUUCCAGAUCCCGCCCGUCGAUAUGCGGAUGCGAAAAGAGUCAAAGACAAAUCCUAGCCAGCGGGCCGCGAAUGCUCGCGAGAAGGCUUCGACAUACACUGCACUAGGAUUCAAGGAGGAGAGCGGGCAAAGCGCCAAGGAACGCGAAGAGUUUAGGAAAGAGCUCCGCGACCGAUUUGGAGCAGCAGCUCGAGCUGUACCAAACACUAUAUCUGGCCUCGAGUCACUGGCCAACGAGAGAAUAGAGGACGCUAUUGCUCGUGGGCAAUUCAAGAACAUCCCUCGCGGCAAGGGGGUAGAAAGAGACGCAAGAGCUGAUAAUCCUUUCAUCGAUACCACCGAGUAUAUAAUGAACAAGAUGAUCAAGAGGCAGGAGAUUGUACCACCAUGGAUAGAGAAGCAGCAAGAGUUGGCCAAAACAGCUGGCGUCUUCAGAGCGAGGUUACGCAACGACUGGAGGAGGCAUGUGGCCAGGAUGAUAUCGUCGAAAGGUGGAAGCUUGGAAGAGAAGAUGCUUCUGGCCGAGGACUAUGCCCGUGCAGAGGAACGCCAUAAUCCGCGCAAGAGAAACAGCGACAGUAUUUCGGUUCCCACCAAUGUGACGGAUGAUCCUGUCAUGGCGAAGGUGCGUCAACAGGCGGUCGAGGGCAACAGCACAAGCGAAGCCGGACCAGAGGUAACAUCGAUGAAGUCUGCUCGGCCACUGGUUCAACCCUUCCGCGACUCUGAUUGGCUUGCAACUGAGAGCUCGUAUAUGAACCUUGCCGUCAACAAUCUCAACGCAAUCACGCGAUCUUACAACCUUAUGGCGCCAGAACUGGCGAAGAAGCCGUAUUUCUCGCUUGAGCGCGAGCUCAAGGCUUGUUACGCCGAUGUCGCGCCCCUUGUGGCAGAAACUAUCCGUGAGAGAGCCACUCGGCCGACAAAGAUGUUGUUCGAUGCAGCAGGGGGCGGCCAAGUCACGGUUUUUGAUCGCUUUAGUAAGGAGGGAACAUCGGCCAAGAUUUACGAUUCUAGGGCUCCUCACUAUGGCUUCAAGGAAAUGUGGAGGGAUCUCUUCAACUGA